GAGGAGAAGGAGGAAGAGGAGGAGAAAGAGGAGAAAGAAGACGAGAGCUCCCGAAAGUAUCGGAGCUCUCGAAGGCUGGGCGGGAAAUGGCCGGUGGUGUACUGUGUUAUAAUGCUUGAGGACGAUCCGCUGGCUGGACCGACGAGGCGCGCCGAUUCGAGCGAUCGUUGUUGCUCAACCACCGCGAACGACGUUACUCUCCGCUUGGCUGUGAUCGAGCAGGCUGAAGGCGUCGGCGAGGUGAUCGACGUCGAGGGGAUCGCUCCCGAACAGACUACGAAGGAGAAUACGGUGUCGAAGGGGUGGCUCGCGUAGCCGGGGCUACGUCUGGUUGUGCGUGUGGUGCGUGGUGCGCGCGUAUGUGUCCGUCCGUGAGUGAGUGCUACGAGUGAAAAAAAAGAGAAAGAGGAAAAAAAAAAGGAAAAAAGAAAGGAGAAAAGGCAAAAGAGGCGAGGUAAUACGGAGGAGCUAGGAAGCUACGAGGAGCGCGUGGCCGAGAGCAUGCAGGAUUCGGGCGAGGCCCGCAGAGGCCUCAGUCCCGCCGGUGGACCGGGAUAAGGUUUUCACCCGUAACGGUUCACGAGUGUCGCCGUAUCCGAGUGACCAAGAGGAUAAAGAGGGGUCGGAUUAAACGGCUGCUUGGUCGCGUUCGCUCGACCAAGUGAACGUCCUUAAGCUGAGAUCGCAGGAACGCGGGAAGCGAGCUGGUCUCGCUUUCGGGCGCAUGGAACAUGAUAGAGAUGUCGAGCGGAAUCGGUGCAACUGCAAUGGGGAUCGGCGUUAGUCACGGGACAGGGGGUGGCGAGGGUGUCGCCAGCGGGUGCCGGCUCCGCGCGCAGAGCCAAGGCCAGGCGAGCGGAUCAUCCGGCAACUCGCAGCAGUCCUCGCAGCAGCAGCAACAGCAGCAACAACAGGCACCCUCGUCGCAGCAGCCGCAGCAGCAACAGCAACGCCAGCCAACCGGGAUCAUGGGCCGCUCGAAGAAGGACAACUGUUGCUUGUGCUGGUGCUGUUGUUGCAGUUGCUCUUUGGCGGCGGUCGGUGGGAAUUCGACGGGCGCUGGUGGCGCGGCCGAUCAGGGGAAGAAGAAAGGGAAUGCGGGCGUGGAACACAGCGAGUUGUGCGAGACGGGGAACGGACUCGACGGUCUGGACGGUCUGGACGGGAACACGGAGUGCAGUUUGGAAGAGAUCAGGUCGUGGGGCUCGUCCUUCGACAAACUGAUGAGGAGCCCCAUCGGCCGUAAAUUCUUCAGGGAGUUCCUGCUCAGCGAGUACAGCGACGAGAACAUCGCGUUUUGGCUGGCCUGCGAGAACCUGAAACGCGAGGACAAUUCCGAGAAGAUCGAGGAGGACGCACGGUACAUCUACGAUCGUUACAUAUCCACUGUCUCGGAGAAAGAGGUGAGCCUGGACUCGCGAGUGCGCGAAAUAGUGAAUCGUAACAUGGUGCAGCCGACGCCGCACACCUUCGACGAAGCCCAGCUGCAGAUCUACACGCUGAUGCAUCGGGACUCGUAUCCCCGUUUCGUGAACAGCGAGCUCUACCGGCGUGUGGCGAGACUCGGCACAGGGACGACGGGCGCGAGCAAUCAGGAACACGGCAGCGGUGGCACGGGCAAAUCGAAGGGGAAGAAGGACACCACGUAAUCGCUUGUCCGACGGCAAAAACCAACGAUGGGGUGGCAGCGGACCAACAGCCUCCGUCUCUCAGCGGGUAGCCCCCGAGGCGGCACAUCGGGGGACGCCGCGACGCUGUCAACGCUGGCCGAUGACGACGAAAGCCGGAGGACAUCGGCGCCAAGAAACGACGAAAGCAAAAGUUUCAGCACCGAGGUGUCCGCGCCUUGACGAAUCUCUCUCACACUCACACACACGCAUACUCUCUCUCUCUCUCUCUCU